UCUCCUUUGUUUCAAGGUUCCAAAAACUUGGUAUAUAUACCAGACAUCGAUCCUUAUAUUUUUAUUCUUGAUUAAUUCCAUCAAUAUGACUAGCAUGAAAAGAAGCAGAGAAGAUGAUGGGCAAGUGGAAGCAGAAGCCAUGGCUAAAUGCGCCUUAAUACUUCUGUCUCGUUUAAACAACAACACUUCUUCAUCAGAUCGAGACAAUUUGAACGGUUUCGAAUGCAAGACUUGUAAUAAACGUUUCCCAUCUUUCCAAGCCCUCGGUGGCCACCGUGCAAGUCAUAAUAAACGGCCAAAAUUACUAGGAGAGUUUCUUGUGGAAGACAAAACGAACAAGAUGCAUAAAUGUUCUGUAUGUGGAUUGGAGUUUUCUUUGGGUCAAGCUUUAGGUGGACACAUGAGGUGUCACCGUGAUGAAAUUAAUAAAACGUCAACGAUGACACCAGUGUUGAAGAAGUCAAAUAGCAGCAAAAGAAUAUUUUGCUUAGAUUUAAACCUAACCCCUGAUGAUAAUGUUGAUUUGAAGUUACGGCUGACGGCACCAGUUUCAACUCCUGUUUUUCGAGUCUUUAUUUAAGUCAGGCUUUUCAUUGUUCAUUUUUUCUUGUAUAUAAUUCUAAAAGUAUCUCGUUGGUUCUUUUACAUAUAUUGAAUCUAUCUAUAUACCAUAGCUAUUUACAAAUCAUGUACUGUUUCAUUUUACCAUGAAUAGUAGUAGUUUAAUCGGGAAA